CUCCGCGGCGCCCUCGCCGGGUGCGUGCCGCUCGCGCGCCCGCCCGCCCGGUCCCCGCGCCCGCCGCCCGCGCCCGCCCGGCGCCCCGGCCCGCCUGCCCGCGCUUCAUGGCUGCGCACGAGUGGGACUGGUUCCAACGCGAAGAGCUCAUCGGGCAGAUCAGCGACAUCCGAGUCCAGAACCUGCAAGUGGAGAGGGAAAAUGUGCAGAAGAGGACCUUUACUCGGUGGAUAAAUCUACACCUAGAAAAGUGCAACCCACCUCUAGAAGUUAAAGAUUUAUUUGUUGACAUACAAGAUGGCAAAAUCCUAAUGGCUUUGUUAGAAGUCCUGUCUGGGCGAAAUCUGCUGCACGAAUACAAAUCCUCGUCGCAUCGUAUUUUUCGGUUGAACAACAUAGCGAAAGCACUUAAGUUUUUGGAAGAUAGCAAUGUAAAACUGGUUAGCAUUGAUGCAGCAGAAAUAGCAGAUGGCAACCCCUCUUUGGUUCUUGGACUGAUAUGGAACAUAAUUCUCUUCUUCCAGAUAAAGGAGCUCACGGGCAACCUCAGCAGACACUCUCCAUCUUCCAGCUUAUCACCCAGCCCAGGGGGCACAGACUCAGACUCGUCAUUCCCACCCACACCCACCACGGAGAGGAGUGUGGCAAUAUCAGUGAAAGAUCAGAGGAAGGCCAUCAAGACCCUGCUGGCAUGGGUGCAGAGGAAGACGAGGAAGUAUGGCGUGGCGGUGCAGGACUUUGCAGGCAGCUGGAGGAGUGGGCUGGCUUUCCUGGCUGUGAUCAAGGCCAUCGACCCCAGCCUGGUGGACAUGAAACAGGCCUUGGAAGAUUCCAUGCGAGAAAAUCUAGAGAAGGCUUUCAGCAUCGCACAGGAUGCCCUGCACAUACCCAGGCUCCUGGAGCCAGAAGACAUCAUGGUUGACACGCCAGAUGAGCAGUCUAUCGUGACUUACGUGGCACAGUUUCUGGAACGUUUUCCGGAGUUGGAAGCCGAAGAUAUUCUGGAUUCUGAUAAAGAAGCUCCUAUUGAAUCCACCUUUGUCCGUAUCAAAGAAACUCCCUCUGAACAAGAGAGCAAAAUCUUUGUUCUGACUGAAAACGGGGAACGUGCCUAUACUGUUAACCAUGAAACCAGCCACCCACCACCCUCCAAAGUCUUUGUCUGUGACAAGCCUGAGAGGAAUAUAAAGGAAUUCUUCCUGGAUGGUGUUUCCAGCCACUCACUGUCAGACACCUCCACGGAGUUCAUGCACCAGAUCAUUGAUGAGGUCCUCCAAGGGGGCUUAGGUAAGACCACCAGCAUCAAUGAGCCAUCUCCAGAAUCUUCCAUUUUAUCAUCCAGGAAGGACAGCCGGAGGUCCAACUCCUUGCCAAUCAAGAAAACUGUUCACUUUGAGGCUGACACCUGCAAGGAGGCUUCCUGCAGCAAGGAUCGCUUCUAUAAUCGAGAUUUCCGCUUUGAGGGGAGUCCAAGGGCAACCAAAGAGGUGUUGAAGCAGAGUAGACCCACCCUGGCAGUUGAAGUUACUGAGGAAAAGGAGCCAAAACAGGAAUCUUCAGAGACCCUGGAAUUCACCUCCAACGAGGUACCCGGUGAUGUCUCCUUGGAAGAUGAUACAAUUAAUAAUUUUCCUUCUUCCCAGAGUUCUUCCUACAAUGGUGCCCUAGAGAAUGCAGCCAGCCAUGGUGAAGAAAGUCAUUCUCCUGCACCCCUUGAAGAAAAUACUGUUUUGGCCAAUUCCUUGGAGAUCAAAGUUAACCUGAUGACUGUAGAAGAUAUGGAUAAAGAAGAAUAUUUUGAAGGCAUACCAUUAAAGGCCUCAAAAUUUAACAGUGACCUAGUAGAUUUUGCUUCUACUAGCCAAGCUUUCAAGGAAGUUCCUUUGCCUGAUGAGAACAAACCCACCAUGGGUGAGGAUUCUGAGAAUGAUGCUGAAAAACUAGGUAAAAGGAGAAGUAAAUCUGCCCACAGAAAGAAAGAUUCGUCCGAACCCCAAGAACAGUCUGACUCUCAGGAACCUCUCCAGGGCCCUGGACAAAAAAUUCAAGGCUAUUCUUUGGCUCCAGGACAGAUAUCAGUGGAUAAAAAGCCAGAGGUGUAUGAAAAGGCCAAGAGAAAGUCCACCCAUCGUCGUCCCCGUGGUGGGGAGGAAGAAGGGGAAGCCGAAGGCCUCCAGGGUGUGGGUGAGGAAUUACCUUCCAACCCACCGAGCAGCAGCAUUAGCCUAGAGACGCUUGGGAGUCACAGUGAAGAGGGCCUGGAUUUCAGGCCCUCCCCACCCCUCUCGAAGGUGUCCGUCAUUCCCCACGAGCUUUUUUACUACCCGCAUUAUGAGGUGCCCUUAGCUGCAGUUUUGGAGGCUUAUGCUGAAGGCUCCGAGGAUUUGAAGAAUGAAGAAAUGGAUCUGGAAGAGUCAGAGGGCUAUUUGCAUGACCUAGACUCCAGGGAGGAGGAGGCUAAUGGCUCCUACAGCAGUUGCAGCUCCCCUGUGGCAGGCGAGGGCCUCCCCCAUGCCAGCAGCCAGUUGCCACAUCUCAACAGGGGGGGCAUGGGUACCACACCAGCCUCAGAACCUGCUCCCCCAUCCUCCAGUGAGGACCACCCACAAAGGGAGGCUGAAGAGCAUGACCCUACAGAGAGCCAUCAGCCCCAGGAAUCCCCAAACUCAGAAAACAUAGCAAACCCCAUAGAAGAAAAGGUGGUGGAAAAAUCAAUCAGCAGCAAAAAAAAGGAAAAAAGGAAACAUGUGGAUCACGUAGAAAGUUCAUUAUUUAUAGCACCCGGAACUGUUCGGUCCUCAGAUGACCUAGAAGAAGACUCUUGCGAGCACAGAAUCCCUUCCAGGACUAGUCACAGUGACUCCAGCAUUUACAUUCGACGACAUACUAAUAGGUCUUUGGAAUCGGAUCAUUUUAGCUAUGUUCAAUUGAGGAACGCAGCCGAUUUGGAUGACAGAAGAAACCGAAUGUUAACCAGGUACAAUACUCAGAAGCUCACUGAGCUGAUUUUACAGUUUUAUGGCAUCAGAGCAGACAUGAAGAGGGAUUACAAACAUGCCAGGAUGUCUAUGAAAUCCAACAACUCUGGAGAAGCCACAUUGCGGGAGAGCCACAGCCCACGGAGCGACUCCCUGACGCAGUUUGUCCAGCAGCCGGACAUGGUGUAUUUUAUCCUCUUUCUCUGGCUCCUGGUGUACUGCUUGCUGCUCUUCCCACAGCUGGAUGUCAACAGACUCUGAUGUGUGUGUCUGGAUAAUAAAAGACAGGACGCUG